AUGAGGAAAGGAAGAACUCGGCUGCCUUUAGUUCGUGCUGAACCAGGUGCUCCUUCUGUCAGCGAGCAGCAAGCACCUACUCCUAACAAAAUGAAAAGCAGCAAGCUCAUAGCGAUAGACCAGCCAAAAGCUUUUAAUAAGAGACUACGUACCUUUAAGGUGAAAGGUCGUAAUGCCAGAGGAAGUGUGGCCAGAAGAUGCGAGAUGAACACAAAGAUCUCAGAAUUUGUCCUAUAUUCUAAUACCACAAAAGCUCUCUGUAAGUGGAUAUUUGGCUCCGGAGUAUGUGAAUCAUGGAACUUCUACAUCAAGUCGGAUGUAUUUAGCUUCGGAGUGCUGAUAUUGGAAAUCAUAAGCGGUCAAAAAGUUAGCAAAUUUUCUCAAACACAGAAUGGAGAAACUCUCCUAAGCUUUGCUUGGAGAAAUUGGCUGGAAGGAAAUGCAUUGAGAGUGCUGGAUUCAACGAUAUCAGCUGCGGAUACAAAUGAAGUGUUAAGGUGCAUCCACAUUGCAUUGUUAUGCGUCCAAGAGAACGCAACACAAAGACCAAUCAUGUCAUCGGUUGUUCUCAUGCUAAACAGUCACUCUGUCACCAUUUCAGUGCCAUCGAAGCCUGCUUUCCUAGCAUCGAAUGAUGUGGUUGAUCCUCUACUCGAAAGUGAGCAACGACCUCGCCUUGAUGAGUCCAUUAACGAAGCAUCACUAUCAACACUUGAUCCUCGUUGA